UUACUGUGCAACUGGGGUGAUCCCUAUCCGCAUCUUUGAAGAGAGAUUGUUUUUAGCAUAGAGAUGGUAGAGGGGAUAGAGAGAAUGAGUAGUAGCAGCGGCAACGUAAACUCUGUGUUCUACGCCGACACAUACCAUCCGAUUCAGACAGGAAGCAUCGACGGUACGGACAUUCAUCCUCACGACAACGCCGUCUACAGAGCUCUCCUCUGUUCUUCCGCUGGCCUCUAUGACCCAUUUGGUGAUCCGAAGGUUACAGGGGACCCUUAUUGCACUAUCUUCGUGGGUCGUCUCUCUCACUUCUCCACAGAAGAGACUCUUCACAAGGCUAUGAGCAAAUAUGGGAAGGUGAAGAACUUGCGAUUGGUCAGACACAUUGUAACCGGUGCAUCACGUGGUUAUGCCUUUGUUGAGUUUGAAACUGAAAGAGAGAUGCGGCGAGCAUAUGAGGAGGCUCAUCAUUCGUUUAUAGAUGAUUCUGAAAUCAUAGUUGAUUACAAUAGACAGCAGUUGAUGCCAGGGUGGAUUCCAAGAAGAUUAGGAGGGGGCCUUGGUGGUAAGAAGGAAUCAGGACAGCUUCGUUUUGGAGGACGAGAAAGACCAUUUCGAGCUCCGCUACGACCAAUUCCAUACGAUGAUUUGAAAAGGCUAGGCAUCCCACCUCCUCCAGAAGGAAGAUACAUAUCACGCUUUCAGGUUCCAUCACCACCCAGAAGGAAAAGAAGUUCUGUGGAGAGAGAGGAACGGUCUCACAAGCGACACAAAAGCAGUAAACAUUCCCAUCGACACAGGAGAAGUUCUGCUAGUCGGAAUUACUCUUCUGAUGACUAACCCCUUAAUUCUUGUUUCCUUCUCUUGUGUGUGUGACUGUGUGUGUGUGUGUGUGUGUGUGUGUGUGUGACAGAGAGAGAGAGAGAGAAAACAUGCAGGUUGAAUGGUUGCCACUCUUUUAUCAAUUGUGAUAUAUCUCUUGAUGUGUUCACUGACUCUCACAAAAUUGGCUACUAAAAAUAAUUUAAUGUCUGAUCUUUUCAUGGCCAUCCAAA